AAUAAACCCUAUGAAUGUUCAAACUCGGUAAUAUCCUACUCCCCAAAGCAAAGUAUAUUAGUAUAUUACUUUACAAGUCAGAAGUUUCUCGUAAAAUAUAUACCAACAAGAAUGAAGGAAUUAAAAAAAACACUUGCUGUCCAGAACUGAGAAUCUUUUGCCACUUCUUCCCCCUCCUCCUUCACGACAGAGACGGUCUUCAAAGUUAUCUCUUAUUGUUAGUACCCAACAAAAAGACGCGGUGUCCGCUUCUUGGCUGGACCUCGCCACCUCUCUUUCGCCUCCUGAAAAAUCAGUCUCCAUAAUUUUUAUUUUUGCCGUCCUUUGAUUUUAUUGGGGCGGAGAGCGGAUCCUCUAUCUUCUUAUCCUCAUCCUCUCUCACUCAUGAGCGUACUGGGAAUAAUAAUCCUCGGCACCCGUCCAAACAGACCGCACUGAAGCCAUGAGUAGUGGCGUCUGCUUGGUCCUGCUCCACGUGUUGCGCCUCUGCCUACGUAAAAUGAAUGGAAGAGGCUGAUGUGGGCAGUUUCCGUAUUUCCCAUUUCAUUUUGCAGGUUUUUAUUUUAUUUUAUUUUUUGGAGUGGGUUUGUGUCGGCCAAGCAGUUUGAAAAUAAAUCGUUUUCGAAAGAACUGGCGUAGUUGUUUAGUGGAAUUCAAAUUAACGUUCGGCGAUGAUGGUGAUGGGAGUGGACCUGGAUCUGUUUGAUCAUCGUUAAAUCCGCUCAAUCGCCGGCGUCUCGUCGCCUUCCUCCUCCUCGUUUCGCUUCCUUGCCUGAUUUUGUUGGAGCUUGGGUUCGCCGUGACGGUUGGAGAAGCUGCUGCUUGUAGAUGUCACGCCGAUCGAUGCUGAUCGAGGCGGCGGAUAGCCGAAACCUGAGUGCUGAGACAGAAGUCGGCGACGGAGGAGGAGGAGGAGGCGAACCCGCUACGGAGAAGGUACCGAUGGCCGCUGCAGGUGUCGACCGCCGAUGAUGAAAAGGGGACGCCGGGCAUUAAAAUAAGGCUGUGGCUUCCGGUGCACGCAAUCACCACUUCAGGAAUAUUUUGGCCAGCGGACCUUCCUGCAUCGCAUCGCAUCUUCGUCGCUGUCAUUUCAAGAAGGAUGCUUCAGUUCCCUGCGUUUAUGCGGCAAAUGACGUCGCCUCCACUCAUCCCCACUUCCACUCUGUUCCCCGUCGCUGCCCACGCCCAGAACGAUGUCGAAGCCCUCGCGAUCUUGGAAGGCGAGCUCGAAGAUAAGUUGAGUGAAAUUAGGAAGGGAAACAGUAAUCAGACGGUGAUUGGUAAAAAGGUUGUUGAUAGCAAGGAGGAACUGGAAGCUGGUGCAGAAGAUGAAGAAGUGGAUAACGUUGGCGAUUCUGAAGGCGAUGAGUUUGAGCAGGAAACUGGUUGAUACACUCCCCGUACCUUCAAUUUUUCAGGCAACGUAUAACUCAUCGAAUUGUCUCCAUGAUAUUCGAAUUGACUAACUGUUUUACUGAAAGUUUUUUCCUAGCCAUUAUUUUGCCUAGCAUGAAAAUAUUAAACGUUUGUUGUCCGUUGUACUAUGGUAAGCUUUAUUUUUCC